CCCACCACCGCGGCGUUUUCAUCAUAUCAUCCCCAUCCGCCUUCAUCUGAUUGGGCCUCCGCGACCGCGACGGCUUCCCCCCAUCUUCAGCGUCCUUCCGCUCGCUCACACACUCGUUCAACCUCUAUGUCGAUGCCUUCUCCCCCAGCCAGGUCAGGCAUGUCCACCCCCACAUCCUCAUCACAUCGUAUCGCUAUUUCUCCGGACCAUAACACCCUCUUCUCUCGCGACGUGGAUCAGUGCCUCGUCAAUCUUAUUCAGAGGACAGCUCGCCGACGUAUGAUUGUUGAGGGCACUUCGGUGAUCAUGUCACCUUCGAACCCAGACCCUGGCGAAGCAAAGGAUCAAAGAGAACUCAAACCAUUACACGCAGUGGAUGAAACACCAUAGCCGAAUGAUAGUCUCCCUUCUCUCUAACUCGCCCUCUCAAGUCUCCGUUUCCGUUUCUCAACACUAUGAUAUAGAUCAAGCUCUUUCAUGCCCUUCACCUUGAUGAUUAUCUACACGUUCCAUAUCUUCGAGUCUCAGUAUACCACCCACGAGGUUCUUGUCCGCGUCAUCGUUUGUUCUCUCAUGCUGGUUCUUCUUGGUCUUUGGUCGUCCAUUACUCAGGGCUUUACGGUUCUCAUUCAGCUUCUUGCUUUUCACUAAACACACUAUAAGUUACAUAUGCGCCACCUGUACAUACACCACUGCAUGUUUUCCAGCCUCCAGCAUCCAGCGUCUAGCAUCCAUCCAGUAUCCUCGACCUCUCGUUGAUACUUUUCGUUUAUUCUUAUCUAUCACAUACACGCAUUGUCUCCACACAUUACAUAGAUACUGUAACAAUAGAACAAUCAUGAUUACGAUGUAGACCCACGAUACUUAGUCUAUGUAGGUACAUAUUGCACAUCUCCAUCCUUUCAUGAAAACCACUUCUUCUUUUCCUCAUGGGUUACUACAUAGGCUAUUUCUACCCUUGGUCAGUAUUGUACGAUAAUCUUAUUUUUCCCGGGACGUCGGUGCUCAACUUAUGCUUUUUGCUAUGUUCCAUUGCGGCUGUUCUUUUCUUGUUCUUUUCUGUACAUAUCCGGCCUGCAUUGUGGCACAGGCCCGCCCCGUUCAACAUUUACUGCCACGCACCAUUGACGGCAAUCGCAAUCGAUCGUUACAUUGUCAUAGACUCGUUCCGUUUUCGGGUGGUCUACCCUCUCUGGGCUCAAUCAACUCGGCAGCUUGGUAUUACCGACUAUCGAUCAUAUCUAAGGUCCUUCUUCUGCAGGACACUGAGUCUUCUCUCUGGCGUGCUGUAUACAUGCCUGCUCGAUGACGUGGUUCUCAAAUAGCUUUGCUCAGCUCUCGCCACACAAAUACGCCUGGUUAUAUGCUCAUCUUACUGUCACCUCUCGUCCAUGGAUCUCCGCGACAUGAUGAUAUGGACCAGGCGGAGUCUUUUACGAUUCACGACCUACUGCAUUGAUCGACCCCACUUACACAUCGAAAUCCUUGUUUUCGUCCGAGGUCUUCUAGGGCUUUUCUCCACAAACAUACCCACGAGUUGUCAACUCGUAAUAGUCACUGUGGGAUCUGCCACACUCGCGUCCCGCUGCUUUCGCAUUGGCAUCGUGGCGUGGUCUUCAAUAUGGUGGGUCAUGCCCGUGGUUGGUUUCGACUCUCUAUGGCUACAGCGGUAUCUUGAGAAGGAGAGCUAUGGUACAUGGGCCACUGCCAAAAUCUACGCCCUUCUUUAUGUGCUCGUGUACUUCAUCGACCAGGGUGCGUUAUCCGUUGUGUUGGAAGAGUUGUUCACGAUAUUCCGAUCGCCAGCUCGAAAUGAGCGGCCUUACGAAUCUCUCAUCUCCCCAUUCACCCUCACUGUGGAAUGUGGCGUCAACGAGCGACCCAGCUAUCCCCUCCGCAUCCCCUCCGUCCAACCGCUACCACACAGCGGAAACCAUGCCCUCUAUUAUGAGCUCUUCGACCCAUUCCUUCCCAGUCGAACGGAGUAUAGCUUCGAGUCAUGGGAUCACGCAGUGCAAUUCGUCGAGAGCGAAUUCCAGUCAUGGAGGUCAUCCCCGGACCUGACUGCAAACGCGUAUUCGAGGUUGAAAGCCUUCUUUCUUCAGUCGAUUAAAGGAAUGCUGCAAUUUGAGCUCGAAAACUUCGACGCGUUUCACGGAGGACGACUAUUUGUCCAAGAAGGUACUCAUGUCGAUGUCGAGUGUGAGGUUGGAAGGUACGACCGGGGAAGAGGCAGUGAUAUCGCCCGAGGAGCUCGAUUCGAAAAUUGGGAACGGUUCGAAGACCGGAUGAUGAGCCUAAAACUCGAGCGGGGGCAGGACCUGCAGGAAAUGGUGCAGACGAUGGAAGGAGAGCUUUCGAGGCUCAAGCGCCUGAGCGAUUCGAUGGCUCUUGUAUUCCUAGGAUUGAGGGCAUCGUUCACAGGCCAUAUGAUUACACCUGCCGAGCAGGGAUCUGCCAUGGCUCGAAGUCUGCCGUGGCCUGCGCCAGAACCUCCCCGCUAG